AUGCAGGCGAUUCGCAGCAUGUUCACGGGCUCCAAACGCCACACCAAGGUGCAUGCUGUCUUGUGCGUAGCUCGCUAUGGGAGCGUGCACUCAAGAGCUCUCCAUAAGCAGAGACUUCAAACACACAAUCAACUCAUCUAUGCCAUCAUGGAGUUGCCAAGGACGCUGGAGGUUUUGGCUACAAUGGGCCCGGAAGAGCUCAACAUUGUGUUGCAAGCACUGCAUCAAAGGCUCUCAAGUGGCUUGCAACAGUCACCUUCGAUCGAUUUCAAACUUAAGCGCAAGGUAAACCAUGCUGACGGACUUGUGGAACGACUUCAAUCAUUUACGGGUCCGGAUAAGGAGACCAGAAACAUCCUUGCCACCAAUUUCGAUCGAUGGAUGCAGAACACACGGGACUUUUGGAAUACGCUGGAUGAGCAUACAAACACAGGCCUCAGCGCAGAAGCUCAAGUUGUACAACUGUACAUUCGUGCUCGUGGCGAUGACGCGUAG